CGGUGCCGGUGGUCAAUUGGUGGGGGACGGAGAGAGCAGAGCAAAGCAAGGCGACCUAGCGGCACAUAAAUUAUUACGAGCAAAAGAAAAUUAUAAGUGAUAUUUAUGAAUGAAGUCUCCCAUAAACGACGUCUUAUUUAUAAGUUGAAACAAAUAAAUAGUUUCUUGGGAUUUCAAGAUAUGCAUUUUGUGUUUUCUGUCUACUUAUUGGAGGCUGAAUGCUUCGUCCUAGGGUAUUGACGUUUAAUUUUACCUUCUGAUUGCUGUUUAUGUAGGCUAUUUGUGGGUGUGUAGUGAACUAAUAAAAACUAUUAGACAUAUAAGUGCAAAGUGAUAUUGUGAUACAUCAGUUAUGUGGUACAAACAGGCAUUGAUGUGGCAAACCGGAUUGCAUCAAGCUGGAGAAAACGUGACGCUAUUAUAAGAUGGGCGAGCGCGCGCGGAGAGCGUUCGGCGCGCCAGCGGCGUCGGGUGACAAGCGCGCCGAGCGACAGACAUCCAACGAGCACCGAUUGCUCCGAUUGGAUUAAAACGGGCGUACCCGGCUAGUAUGGAGGAGUGCAAGAAGAGAAACACAGGGACAAAAGUUUCAAAAAUUGCAAAUAUUUUCCAAGGAAUGCCAUCAAGAGAAGAAGAAGAAAUGCGUGGAAGUGAUGUAACUGUAGUGCGAACUGAGAGCCACCUGGCGCGGUUCCAUAAUGCCAGAGCUCUUUUUGAGAAACUUGGUGAAGAAAAUCGAGGUUUCCGGAUUGAGAAGUCGCCAUCAGCGGCGGCCAGUUUUGCCGGCACACGCGGCGUGACGCCGCCGGCGACAGCGCGGUCUCGGUCCAGCUCAGCCGGCUCCGUGAGCCCACCGCGGCGCAUCGUUACGCCGACUCCAUUAGCUGCCGCAGCUGUCAAUGGUGACCGCAUCGCUAAUGGCGCUUCACAACCACCACCGAAACCUGCAAAACCGAGCGUGUUGCCCAAACCUGAAAAGCCAGACAGGCGCUUUAACAAAGAGUUAAUAGAGAAACAGAGAAACUGGACGGCACAUUUUAAUAAAACGCGAUCAACGCGUUCGGAACAAGAGUCGAAAGUAGAGUCUAAAUAUCCCAGUGGUUAUCAGGAUCGAAAAUCUCAAGACGCAACCGAGAAAUAUGCGGUUACAUCCCGAGUAUAUUCUCCGCCGUUGUCCCCUGGUGCUGGUGAUUCACAAAUAGAACGUCCUACUACUCUUCCUUCUAGUUUAGUCAAUCGAAGUACAACUGGUCAAAAAUCUCCUAGUCCUGUAAAAACAAUACCUUCAGUCUCACCUUCUUCUAGAUCUAUAAGUUCAGUUUCACCCACCGUGAUUCCUUCGCCUGCUGUACGAAGGGAGAGUUCAAGUUCCUUUGUAACGACGACUUCCCAAACGCAGCCUCAAUAUGAAGAAAAAGUAGAAAGAAUAACACCAAAAACCCGGUGUUCAGUAUCACCUCAGAAUGAUUAUGAGGAUGUACCAAACGAAAGUGAAGAUGUCCCAACCGCAAAUGAAUAUACGCAAACUAUUAUAUCAAAUCAAUAUCAAGGAAUAACUUCGAAGCGAGCGUCUUCAGGCACUUCACCCACUCCUUUUGAUCCUGAACCUAGAAAGUCGCCGCCAUCACCUCCACCUAGAUCACCAAAGUCACCUUUACAACAAAUUAUACCUCACCAGGGAGACGAUUCAGUCGACACAGUUCGCGAACCGUCACUAUCACCUUUGCCCAAAGAUGAGUCAAAGUUUACGUCCGAUGAACCUGAUCAUUUAGCCAAUGAGAGACUUUUUAAGCGACCGAAAUCUCCUACCUCCCCAAGAAUUAUUGAUGAAAUCGAUAAAAGAAGUAUCAGUACUCAGGGUUCACCUGAUCUUCAAAAUACAGAACUUUAUGAUGUUGUUAAAGUUCCAUCGAAACCAAUAGAACCACAGACUGAUACUACGAGUUUGGAAGAAGACGGCUACGAAACAGUAAAUUAUGAUGAGCAUUGGGAGGAGAAAACCAAGAGACGGACUUCAACGCCCGAGUCUCCGGCAGGGGCAGUGGAGACUAACGUCGUGGAGUCGCGGUCGCCUCUUGCUUCUCCGCUGGCAUCACCCGUACACAAUCAAGCCUAUUCUUCACUACCACCGUCGGAUCACACAUCAUCUUCGCCAGUGGGCGGAGGGCGCAAGUCAUCCGAGACAGAGGAGACGCCUCGUCGUACAGGAUCGGAGGCUUCGAGCGUGUCUGAUGAAGGGGGUUUCAACGAGCCGUCGCCGGAGGUGGUGGCGCGGCUGCGGCCGGCGGACUACCGCUCGCCGCCGGCGCUCACGCUCGAACACCGCGACCACGAGCGCGCGCGCUCUGACCCCGACACGCUCUCCGUGCUGCAGCAGGACUCUGGUGUAGUAGUGAGUGAGGCUAGCCAAGGCUCCAUCGAGGUACUGGACAAGUCUACCACCAGCCAAUGGAGCGUGUCGGAGACCGAACCGGCCGACGACGACAACAAGCAGCCCGAUAGCAUGACGCCAGACGAGGCUGAGAUACUGCUUAGCUCCAGUAUACUGGAGAAAAAACUUAGGCAAGAAGCCCUGCUGUCGGACGAACAAGCGCAGGAGAUCGUGGCUAUGUUGUCGCCGCACGCGCUGCCUCACGACAAUGGAGUCUCGCUCAACGAUAGCUACCAGUCCGUACUCUCGUACGAGAGUAUGCAGUCAGUGGAUGAAAGCUACGAAUUUGUCUCGCUGGAAGCGGACAACGGUAUGGCGGGCGGCGAUCGCCGGAUGCCGCACGAGGCGGAGCCGAAUCUGGAACCGGAACCGCAGCCGGCGCCCGAUCCCGGUGCCGAAUCAGAAACAGUGUUCGACUACUACCCGCCCCGCGCGCUCCGGGAGCUCGGAGAGGAAAAUGGCAUUCAUUACUUCGAAGACGGACAUUUUUAUACUGAGAUGGCCGGUCUACCACCGAUUGAGGAAGAUGAAGACGACGACUAUUACCCUACAGUAUUUGUUAAGAAAAACACUAAAGUUAAGUUUAGCACGGGCCCGAUGCGCGUAUUCUCGACGCACUCUAUCAACGAGUACGACCGCCGUAAUGAGGACGUUGACCCCGUAGCCGCGUCCGCCGAGUACGAGCUGGAGAAGAGAGUGGAGAAGAUGCACGUGUUCCCCGUCGACCUCGUCAAGGGCCAGGACGGACUAGGGCUCUCCAUCAUUGGUAUGGGCGUAGGCGCAGACGCGGGUCUUGAGAAGCUGGGCAUCUUCGUGAAGACGAUCACUGAGAGCGGUGCGGCCGCGCGCGACGGCCGGAUACAGGUCAAUGACCAGAUCAUCGAGGUGGAUGGCAAGAGUUUGGUGGGUGUGACACAAGCAUACGCGGCGUCGGUCCUCCGCAACACGUCGGGGCCCGUGAAGUUCCUCAUCGGCCGGGAGAAGGACCCUGAGAACAGCGAAGUGGCGCAUCUCAUCAGACAGUCGCUUAUAGCUGACAAGGAGAGGGAAGAACGAGCGUCGCGCGCGCGGCGCCAACAAACCUCAGACGACGAGUCCGCGCAGCCGCCGCCCGCGCAGCCGCGGCAUCCCGACAUCAACGAGCUGCGGGCGUUGCUGCACGAGCUGGUGGGCAUGGAGGCCGGCGGCGGCAGCGCGGAGGAGAUCAGUGCGCGUGCGCACGCGUGGUGCGCGUCGCGCGCGCCCGACGACCAGCUGCGGCAAGCGGUCACCGCCGCCGCGCACACCGCGCAGCGCGCGCAGCGGAAGUACGACAAGGCGCGUCGAGCUCUUCGUUCGUGGCGUCGCACUCGCGCGCUGGUGCGGGCGCGGGAGGAGUGGUGGAGUUCUACUCUCAAAGACGCUCACAGGGAAUACGCCAGUGCGUUGUCCGCCUUGCACGACCGCGUCGCCAGGCUGGAAGUGCUGCUGCUGGAGACGCAGAAGAAGGCGGGGCUGCCGGUGAUGCUGCCGCACGAGCCGUCGGCGCGCCGCGAGACGCCGCCGCUGCCGCGCCGCCCCGACCCCGACCCGCUGCUCAUCAACGAUCCGUGGAGCUCCGACAGCGAUCUCUCAGAUUUAUCGCCCGUGGAGGACGAAUACGCGAAGGUUGAUAAAUCUGAUCGCCGUCGAGAGGCGCCCGACAUCGGCGACGUCACCGCCACCACUGACGCUAACACCGACGUGACUACCACUGUCGUCAAUGCUGUCAAGCAGCAGCCAGUAGUAAGCGCAAGCAACGUGCACGUGACGUACGCAGUUCCAACGCCUACACAUCACUCGCCGGCAGUGACGUCAUCGCCCGCUGUGACAUCUUCGUCUGUGACGUCAGCGUCUAUUGUGACUUCACAAGUUACUACUACGCCGCCAGUUACCGCGCCCUCUGAAAAACUCACGUCAUCAAUCCCAGAGCCGCAGCCGCAGCCGCAGCAGCAGCAGCAGCAGCAGCAGCAAGCGCUGGCUGCGUCGCGCGAGUCUGUGUCGACCGUAGCGUCGCGGGAGCUGGACGCGGCCGUGCCGCGCGGCGCGCUGCUGGACACGUCGCUGCUGCGCGCGCGCACCGACCUCGCCCGCCAUCGCCACCACGCGCCGCACUCCUCGCCGCACUCCCCGCACUCGCUCAGCAACGCCAGCUCGUACGACGGGCUCGACGAUUCCUACAAUGAUUCAGCGGACGAAUCACUUAGCGAGUCUACGUCGGGUGCGCCGCCCCAUACUGGACACAGCACACGGGACACUCGUCAGAGCUGCGGCAGCUCGGUCGGCAGCGGCACCGACGACGGCUACUCCCGCGACCACAGACACCACCCGCUCUCAGGUCCGCCGGCGUCGCUGGCGGAGCAGCUGAAGCUGGUGCUGGCGGAGCGCGAGCGGCGGCUGGCGGCGCCCGACGCCGUGCAGCUCACCAACGACCUCGUGGACGAGAUCCGCCAGGCCGUCAGCGAGGCCAACGCCAGAGUGAAGAAAGCUCCGGCUUGCGUAGUCGCCGGCGAGGUGCCGUGGCAGCCGCUGUCGGCCGCCGUCAGCGAGGCCAGCCUCUCGCCGCAGCCCGAACAGCGCGUCAACCAAUGGACUAAGCAGCAGGUGUGGCAAUGGGUAUCCAGCCUAGGCGAGGGCCUGGAGCGGCACGCGGGCGCGUUCGCGGCGCGCGGCGUGGACGGCGCGCUGUUGCUGGCGCUGAGCUCCGCCGACCUCAAGCUGCUGGGGCUGGGCGGCGACGACCGCCGCCGCAUGAAGCGCCGUCUCAAGGAGCUCCGCGCCGCGCACGAGAAACACCUCAAAGCACUCAAAAAAGCUGAGAAAAAAGCCAAGAAGAAGUAAUACUCCUCGAACGAGCGGGUCCGAAGUGCGAGUUGCGAACAUUUCCUCUUUCAAACAACGAGCGGCCAUUAUGGAUAUUUAUUUCUUUAAAAAUCUCUAGUUAUUCUAGUUUGCUAGUGAAAUUAUAUAAUUAUAUCGUAAUUCCAACGGUUGGUGGAUCCGUCCGGGUCAUGUCAUACUAAGCGAUUUCUUAGGGCGCGACGACGUCGAUUCUUGAUUUUUUUUUAAACAUCGACGCCUGCUUGUGACUACAUUGUACAUCUACUUUAAAAUUUUCUUAUUUGUUUUGUGCAUAAGACACUCGUUAUUUUUUUAUUAGAAACUACACUUAAGACUGAUAUCAUGGAUUCUGUCCCUUUCUUAAUUUCUAUACUUAUCGGAUUAUGCGAUGUAGUUACGUCCUAAGUUAAUACUGAUGCUGAGAUCCGCUGAGGAGGCGUGGGGCGACGUGAGCUGUGUCCGAUAGCGUACAUAGUGCCAUCUGACUAUAGCUUAGAGAAUAGUGACAUUAGUGCUGCUUCGAACGAAGAAACGAAUAAUAUUAAUCGAAAAUUAGACUUAAGUGAAUAUGGAACAGGUCAAGUAGAACUCAUUUAUCUAGACUGUCUAUUCUAAUCCUAUUUAUUCCGUAUUCUUAACUUAUAUUUCGUUAAAAUUCGUAAUUUCUUGAUUGUUCCUAUAUUUUGUAUUAAUUGUGUCAGUUUUUCUUCAAGUUCUAUUUUGAAGUGAUGGACUGUUGGAAAAACACUGGCUCAAUCUAGUCAUAAGAUGAAUUGUACGCUGUUUGGGAGUCGGAGAACACCUAACAUUUUUCUUAGAAAAUUUCGUAUACUUGGUAAGAUAGGAUAUAACUUUCAUGUAACUAUUGUCAGCUAUGUAUUAAAUGACAAGAUUAUAAUGCGAUAAUUUAUUUUAGAUCGGUAAUAAUGAUACAAUGUAAAUUGAUUUUGGUUACUUUGGCAUUUAUUUUUGAGGUUUAAUGCACAAAAUGUACUUAGUGUAAUAUGUGGACGAUUGUGCAUCGCCAGUCAGUUAGUACUUUAAAAAAUAGCGAUUAAAGUUUGAUAAAGCAUGUGAUCUCAUUUCACGUAUGAGUAUAGAUCGUAUCUUUCACCGCGUCACAGUAUUUACCCCGUAAUUGUCGCAGCUGUUGUCUUAUGAAAUGCAAUCUACAUUAUCUGCACUAUUUAAUAUUAUACAUUCCAGUAAGUUGAUGAUUCUUGAUUGUUUCAAUGUGUGGUUUUCUAUGAUUUAGAGAUGCUUUGUAGUUUUCCUUAGGCAACACGUAAAUAUGGUUUAUCUAAGUGUUAUUCUGUGUUUCUUAUGUGCAUGCGAAUGGAAUAUCUGGUUCUUUAUUGCCCUGUACCAUGUAAAUAUUUUCAAAUGAGUGGACGAACUAGGGAAAUGCUCGAAAUCAAUGUAUGACUGGUGUACACUGUACAUUUACAAUAUUUAUUUCGAUUAAGAAUAACAUUUAAUGUAAGUAGAAUCCAUUAACCAUUGCCAAAAUUGAACAGUACUUUUAUUUAAUAUUGUUGAUUUUUGUUUAAUUUACAUUUUCCUUAAAUUAUUUUAUAUUUAUUUUGGGACCAAAUUAAUUUGUUAUGAACUUACUUAUUUUUAUGUAUUUGGGUGAGCGUUUAAGAAAGAUUUUUUAUUUAUAUUUUAAUAAACAAACCAAAGUCAAGCAUCACAUUGUUUUUUACUGUUAUUUUGUGUGUGGUAUCUUGUAUAUGAUGUGAGAUAUUGAUAAAAUAUAAUCUGCCGUGUA